AUCAUGAACCAGGAAGAGGUUAUUUGAUACACGGAACUGGAAUGCCACGUGACUGUCGAGCCCUGUGUGUUUCAGAUAAUUAUGCGAGAUGUCGUUUAACUCUCUUUGUAUUAACACUUUGUGGAGAUCUGCUAUACGACUAUCUUCUAACGCUGCUGUCACGUCAACGCGAUUAGUGGCUAUUCGCGGCAAAAUAUUUGGUGAUACGCGCGGUGAGCUCUGCCAGACGAGAGCCCAUAGUAACAAUACACAGCACGUCUCAAGAAAGCUGGUGCAGAAUGGGAAGGAGAAGAAGUUAGUGAUCUUUAUAGAGGGGAAUAUUGCUAGUGGGAAGACAACAUGCCUAGAGUAUUUCAGCAAAACCAGUAACAUUGAGGUGCUGACUGAGCCAGUUUCCAAAUGGAGGAAUGUUCGAGGGCACAACCCCCUGGGGUUGAUGUACCAGGACCCUACUCGAUGGGGCAUCACUCUACAGACCUAUGUUCAGCUAACCAUGCUGGACCGACACCUCUCCACAAUGUCAGCCCCGGUGAGAAUGAUGGAAAGGUCCAUCUACAGUGCCAAGUACAUCUUUGUGGAAAAUCUUUUCAGAAGUGGGAAGAUGCCCGAGGUGGACUUUGCUGUUCUUAGUGAGUGGUUUGAGUGGAUCACACAGAACAUUGCAAUUCCUGUGGAUCUUAUCGUUUACCUCCAGUCGUCUCCACAGACCUGCCAUGAGAGGCUGAAAGAGCGAUGCAGGGAGGAGGAGAAGAUCAUUCCUUUGGAAUAUUUAGAGGCAAUCCAUCAGCUGUAUGAAGACUGGCUGAUAAAGAAGACGUCCUUCAAUGUUCCUGCUCCAGUCCUUGUAAUUCCAGCGGACGAUGACUUGCAGAAGAUGCUCCACCAGUAUGAGGAGAACAGAGAGAAGAUUUUAGCAGGGAGCAAUGUCUGACUGAAGUACUCAGUAUUCAGACUCCUUGACUUUUUCCACAUUUUGUUAGGUUACAGACUUAGUCUAAAAUUGAUUAAAUUGUCCCCACCCCCUGUCAAUCUACUCACAAUACCCCACAAUGACAAAGCAAAAACAGGUUUUUAGAAAUGUUUUAAAAUGUAUCAAAAUAAAACUGAAAUAUCACAUUUUACAUAAGUAUUCAGAACCUUUACUCAGUACUUUGUUGAAGCACCAUAGGCAGUGAUUACAGCCUUAAGUCUUCUUUGGGUAUGACGCUACAAGCUUUGCACACCUGUAUUUGGAGAGUUCAUCCCAUUCUUCUCUGCAGAUCCUCUCAAGCUUUGUCAGGUUGGAUGGGGAGCGUCACUGCACAGCUAUUUUCAGGUCUCUUCAGAGAUGUUGGAUCAGGUUAAAGUCCGGGCUCUGGCUGGGCCACUCAAGGACAUUCAAAGACUUGUCCCAAAGCCACUCCUGCGUUGUCCUGUUGAAGGGGAACCUUCGACCAAGUCUGAGGACCUGAGUGCUCUGGAGCAGGUUAUCAUCAAGGAUCUCUCUGUACUUUGCUUUGUUCAUUUUUCCCUCAAUCCUGACUAGUCUCCCUGUCCCUGCCGCUAAAAAACAUCCCAUAGCAUAAUGCUGCCACCACCAUGCUUCACCGUAGGGAUGGUGCCAGGUUUCUUCCAGAAGUGACGCUUUGUAUUCAUGCCAAAGAGUUCAAUCUUGUUUCAUCAGACCAGAGUCUUGUUUCUCAUGGUCUGAGUCUUUAAUUGCCUUUUGGGAAACUCCAGGCGGGCUGUCAUGUGCCUUUUACUGAGGAGUGGCUUCCGUCUAGCCACUCUACCAUAAAGGCCUGAUUGGUGGAGUGCUGCAGAGAUGGUUGUCUUUCUGGAAAGUUCUCCCGUCUCCACAGAAGAGCUGUAGAGCUCUGUCAGUGUGAGGAUUGGGUUCUUGGUCACCUCCCUGACCCUUCUCCCCCGAUUGCUCAGUUUGGCUGGGCGGCCAGUUCUAGGAAGAGUCUUGGUGGUUCCAAACUUCUUCCAUUUACGAAUGAUGGAGGCCACUGUGUUCUUGGGGACCUUUCAAUGCUGUAUAAAUUUUUUGGUACGCCUCCCCAGAUCUGUGCCUCGACACAAUCCUGUCUCGGAGCUCUACGGACAAUUCCUUCGUCCUCAUGCCUUGGUUUUUGCUCUGACAUGCACUGUCAACUGUGGGACCUUAUAUAGACAGGUGUGUGUGCCUUUCCAAAUCUUGUCCAAUCAAUUGAAUUUACCACAGGUGGACUCCAAUCAAGUUGUAGAAACAUCAAGUAUGUUCAAUGGAAACAGGAUGCACCUAGGCUCAAUUUCGAGUCUCAUAGCAAAGGGUCUGAAUACUUAUCUAAAUAAGGUAUUUGUUAUUUUGUAUAAAUUUGCAAAAAUGUCGUAACCUGUUUUUUUUCUCGCUUUGUCAUUGAGGUAUUGUGUGUAGGUUGCUGAGGAUUUGUAUUUAUUUAAUCCAUUUUAGAAUGAGGCUGUAACGUAACAAAAUGUGGAAAAAGUAAAGGGGUAUGAAUACUUUCCGAAGGCACUGUAUGUAUGCUGCACCAACAAUGGCAGUAGAUAUGUUUCUUGUCUGUAAGCAGGUUAUUAUAGUCCAAGAGAGAACACCAAAAUCAGCUAGUGGAGUUUCUUAUCCACUGUUACACACUGUCUUAGAACAACUCUCUGACCGGUACAUUUUCAGACAGCAAGUAUUCCAAACUGUAUAUUUACUGCUACAAGUUGCUUUCCAACAUAUGUUACAUAUGCACUUGGUCGUUUUUGUUUGUUUCACUGACCAUGAUGGAUUCUCUCUAUACGGGAACAUGAUGCAUUGUUGGUUUCAUAAUGUUGAUCACGUGGUGACAGCCCUGAAACAAUACCUACAUUUUAUAACUGCUGGGACAUAGCGGUACCACCUCUGUAAUACAAAGCAUAUAUUUUAGGGGGCAGCUGAUUAACAUAGCUGUGUUUUGUUCUUAUUUUAUUUAUUGUUAAUAUAUAGAGGAACAUGUCAGGCUGGAAUUGCACUUAGUUGUAAACAGUUAUUGCGUUUAAAUAUUGUACUCUUUCACUGAGUUCGUUUGAAUAAAUGCUUAAAAGUGA